UUUCAUUUUUCCUCAUUCAAUCAUACAGCUUCACCUUUGUCCAAUUUAAAAAACUUGAAAAAUCCUUUCAAUAUAUUUUUCCUGCAAAAGUUAAGGAUUUUUUUUCAAGUUAAUGUGUUCAAUUGGUGUCGCCGUAUCUACUGUUGUAUCAGAUAAGUAUUCCAGGAUGGACGUUUUGAAGAAGCGAGCUAGAGUUUACAUGGAGACGACAAAGAUAUAUCUAGCCUUGACAUUUCGGGAUGUUUGGAAAGUUGGCCAUGAUGAUCCACGAAGGGCCAUUCAUUCACUAAAAGUCGGGAUAUCUCUAACGUUGGUGUCUUUGCUAUAUCUUUUGGAACCCUUGUACAAAGGGGUCGGGGAGAAUGUCAUAUGGGCUGUCAUGACUGUUGUUGUCGUUCUUGAGUUCACUGCUGGGGCGACGUUAUGCAAAGGAUUGAAUAGAGGUCUGGGGACAUUGUUAGCAGGAUCCUUAGCCUUCUUAUUUGAGUUUAUUGCUAGAGAAAGUGGCAAGGUUUUUUAUGCUGUUUUCAUAGGAGCCUCAGUUUUUCUGAUUGGAGCAACAAGUACGUACUUAAGGUUUUUUCCAAGCGUGAAAAAGAACUAUGAUUAUGGUGUUGUGAUAUUCCUAUUGACGUUUAAUCUGAUAACUAUAUCAAGCUAUCGAGUUGAUGAUGUGCUGAAAAUAGCCCGUGAGCGUCUCUACACCAUGGCCAUUGGUUCUGGAGUAUGCAUUCUUAUGAGCCUUUUCGUUUUUCCAAUUUGGUCCGGAGAAGAUCUUCAUAAUUCCACUGUUUCCAAAUUAGAAGGUUUGGCAAAAUCAAUUGAAGAUUGUGUCAACGAAUACUUUAGUGAUAGGGAACCAGAUGCAGGGAAAGACAAAUUAACAGAGGAUUCAAUUUACAACAAUUACAAAUCUGUUUUGGACUCUAAAUCAACCGAUGAAACCCUGGCAUUGCACGCGAGUUGGGAGCCACGACACUCAUGGCAUUGUAAUCCGUUCCCAUGGCAACAAUAUGUCAAAUUGGGAGCUGUUCUUCGCCAUUUUGGAUAUACAGUUGUCGGUCUUCAUGGAAGUUUACAAACUGAGAUACAGACUCCCAAAUCUGUUAGACUGCUGUUUAAAGAUCCAUGUACUCGUCUAGCAACCGAAGUAUCAAAAGCCUUGAUGGAACUAGCAGAAAGCAUACGCAGCCAUCGCCAAUGUUCCCCAGAAGUACUCUCUGAUCGUCUCCACCAAGCUCUACAAGACCUUGACACUGCCUUAAAAUCCCAACCACGACUUUUCCUUGGGCCAAACGGCCCUAACAACACAGCCAGCAUGUUAGCCCUAGCGGCAGAAACAGCCAGAUCAAAGCCUGAAAAGCAUUUAUCAAGUGUGAAAACAGAGUUUUCAGCAUUAUCUGAGUGGAGAUCAAAACGGGUUUCUAAACAAUCAGUUGAGGCCGAGGGGAAGUUUUUGAGGCCUACAUUAAGCAAGAUUGCAAUUACGAGCCUGGAAUUCUCUGAGGCGCUGCCAUUUGCAGCGUUUGCAGCGUUGCUGGUGGAGAUGGUUGCCAAGCUUGAUCUUGUGAUUGAGGAAGUUGAAGAGUUGGGGAGGGUUGCUUGCUUUAAAGAGUUUGAAAUUGGAGAUGAUGUGGUUUUAAAUGUUGCUGAUGAUAAAUCUAAAAUGGAGAUUAAUUUGCCAUCUAAUACUGCAGAGUAAUUUGAUCAGUAUAUAUUAUCUUUUACAGGAACAAAAGUUAAGAGUGAUUAAUUCUUAUGAUGUUGUAAACUAUUUGAUUGAUAGUCAUUAAGCUUAGUAAUUUCAUUACA